UUCCCUUUGACCCUUGCGCUGGACCAGGCCGGCUGUUACUCGUCCAGUGAUUGUUCUAAACUUUAGACCAAAGGCACAGAUUACCUCAAAUCACCGGAAACUUUUUAACUGCAAAGAUGUCAGGUUUGAGAGUUCUUGUUGGGUGUAAGCGAGUUAUUGAUUAUGCCGUCAAAGUGCGCGUGAAGCCGGACAAAACUGGCGUGGUGACGGAAGGAGUGAAACAUAGUAUGAACCCUUUUGACGAGAUCGCUGUGGAAGAAGCAGUUCGUCUAAAGGAGAAAAAGAUUGCCAGUGAGUUGCUUGCGGUGUCGUGCGGGCCAAGUCAGUGUCAGGAGACCCUCAGGACAGCUCUGGCCAUGGGUGUGGACAAGGCUAUCCAUGUAGAAAUCGGGGCUAAGGAAUUUGAAACUAUGCAGCCAAUUCAUGUUUCUAAAAUCCUUGCCAAGAUAGCCCAAGAAGAGAAAAGUGACCUGGUCAUACUAGGCAAACAGGCCAUCGAUGAUGACUGUAAUCAAACGGGUCAAAUGACUGCGGCGAUACUCGACUGGCCGCAAGCGACGUUCGCUUCCAAAGUGGAGAAAAACAACGGAGGCCUCGACGUAACCCGUGAAGUUGACGGUGGGCUGGAAACGAUCAAAGUGAAACUGCCUGCAGUUGUUACGUCUGACCUGAGACUGAAUGAGCCACGGUACGCAACGCUGCCAAACAUCAUGAAAGCCAAGAAGAAACCACUGACCAAAAAAUCUGCAGCGGAUUACGGCGUGGAUUUGACCCCGAGGAUGGAACAGAUCAGUGUGGAGGACCCUCCAGUCCGAGAGGCUGGUUCCAAAGUGGAGAGUGUGGAGGAACUGUUAGCCAAGCUGAAGGAGAAGGGACUUGUGUGAUCCUAAUGACUGUUAUAGAUAGCCAGUACAAUUGUUUUUUGAUACAUGAUAAAGUAAAGGAUCAGUAGAAAUGUUAUGCAACCAAGCAAUGUUGAAUCAUUAAUCAGUGAGCUGAAAGACAGAAUGGACCAUGUCGUAAACUGAGAUCAUAGUAUAACAUUCAGUCUGGCUUUGUGUUGAAUUCAUCAAUGGGUACACUGCUGUGUUGGCCAGUGUUUUCAUGUUUGGAAGCUAGCCAGAGAAAUUAUUAUUUCACAUGGACAUCUGCAUGCAGAUUUAAAAAUCAGGAGUUAGAAAUAUUGGAUGAGUUUUACAUAUGUCUUUUCUUCUGCCCUAUGUUACUGUACUAUGUCACCUAAACCUCUGUGUUUCUAUGGGCAUUUGGUGAGACUUCUGUAGACAAGUUUCGCAUUGUAAAUAAAUUUGGUUCAGUCAUUCAGGGAAAUCAAAAUAGCUUGUUAUUCGUUUUAUGUAA